UUGUAUGUACAUAAUUAAAAAAAAAAUAGGUACUUACCUAAUAAGAACAUGAAAAUUUGUUUUUCGAGAAAUCAAACCAAUUAAGGAAAACACUUAUUUCUUCUAAAAAAUUACAAUUCUUUCCUAUAAUUGACAAUGGAUUUAUCGCUGUUUUGUAUUUGUUUUCUUUGUAAGCUCCAGUUUUCAGAAAUAAACAGUGAAAAAUAUCCAUGAAAAAUACUCUAUCCUAGAUACCUGUUCCAAAAUACUACGUAGUGCGUCCCUCCCAUAAACAACCUCAGUACAACCUCGCAGUAUUUUUCAUGUGGCGAGUGAGCUCGCAUAUUUUUACCAAUAAAAUAUUCAAUUUUACCCUUUUUCACAAAAAACCACUAUUUUUUACUCCAGUUUAUCUAUUCGUGCUAUAUUUUUGACCUGAACUUUCUAGAAUUUUGACGUAUACCCGUAUUUUAACCUUUUUGAUGUGUAUUAGUGUGUGGUGUAGAAAAAAUAAAUAAAGUGUAGUGUAGUGAAAUUGUGUUCUUUUUUAAUUUAUUUUUUAUUAUAAUUAAAAGUGAUGGCGCCAGUUAAGUUUGGACUGUUCAAAACGAGGAGUCGGGAUCAACAGGAGCAGCCUUCUACGGAGAACCUGCUGCACAGCACCAGCUCCGACCUAGCGACGCCCGGCUCCCCAAUACCAUCGACGAGUAAAGGGCAGAGUGCAGAUGCAGAUUUCUACUCACCAGACAUAUCGGUUUUGCAGCUCGACAGCGACGAUGAAGACAUCGGUUCAGAAAAGCCUACGCCGACCAGACGAGUUAGUCAAAGCAGUGUUAUAGAUGAUCCACUGAUGAACUACCAACACCUAACCAACCAAUCAUCCAUCGAACACGAUGAAACCCUCCCAAUAGACGACGACGCGACCUCCUGCGAUGCCAACUCCAUACAAUUUGAUGAAACCUCCAUAGCACCUAGCGAAGACCUGUCGGUGUACUGUCUGAAGAAGAAGAAGAAUGUCAGGAGUAAGGAGGUGCAGCAGUUGAGGGAUUUGGAUAUGUGGAGGGCGAGCGACGUUGAGGUUAUGCAGAACCUCCUAAGCCGGAGCGGCAACCUCAACGAGCAGUUCAAAUGGGAAGCCAUCGCCACAGCUCGAGGGCUCUGCACACUCACCGACAACUGCGCUUGCACGGAUUGCGCACGUGCUAAAUAUUUAGCGGGAAUGGCGGACGGCGAUGGCGGAAUGAGCGCGGCGCCUUUAUUGAGCGUAGGGUGUGUCUUACAAUAAGGUUAUAUCACAGUUUUGAUUUAAGAAUGUAAAGACUACCUAACCAUGAAAAGACUAGCUAUGCUCAAGUACUUAAUUUAAAGGAAGGUCCUUCUGAUGUAUUAUUUUUCUACAGAAAUAUCUCAAACAAAGUGUCUCUCCAUUUUGGGUGUGAUUUUUCAUGGUAUUUAUGUUCCUGCUUCAUCAGAAUCUUCUACUAAAAGAGUAGAUAGGUCAGACAAGCAGAGAACUAUGCACACUCAUUGUCAACUGCACUUGCAUGGAUUGUGUUGUGUUAUAGUAAUUUUG